GGUGCUGCGGCUACCGAGGGAGAUUCUCGCGGGAAGUCUCCUAAUCUCCGCCAAUCAGAGGCUUAACCUGCCCUGGGAGGGAGUGGGGCAAAUCACCGUACGUGGCAGGCGCGCGCGGGCCUUGUUACUCCCCUUGGCCUGCCGCGGCAGCGAGGUGAGGGCGGUUGAGCGGCUGCCGCUGCAAUGAGCGCGCGCCAGUGAGGAGCCGCGCUGAGGCUAACGGGUGGGCGCGCGCACGGCAGCGCGCGCGAGGGCGGGGGCGCCGUCCCCGAACCGUUCCAUCCGGGCCCCCGGGAGGAGCAUGGAGGCGGCAGCCGAUCUGGAGUCCUCGCUGGAGCUGAGCUACUCCGGCGCGGGCCCUGGGGGGCUGCCCCCUGCGCGCUCCCGCAUCUUCAAGAUCAUUGUGAUCGGGGACUCGAACGUGGGCAAAACCUGCCUGACCUACCGCUUCUGCGCGGGCCGCUUCCCGGAGCGCACGGAGGCCACCAUCGGCGUGGACUUCCGCGAGCGCGCCGUCACCAUCGGCGGGGAGCGCAUCAAGAUCCAGCUGUGGGAUACAGCAGGACAGGAGCGCUUCAGAAAGAGCAUGGUGCAGCACUACUAUAGGAAUGUACAUGCGGUUGUGUUUGUGUAUGAUAUGACCAACAUUGCCAGUUUUCAUAGUCUGCCAUCAUGGAUAGAAGAAUGCAAACAGCACUUGCUUGCCAGUGAUAUACCACGGAUUCUUGUUGGAAAUAAAUGUGACCUGAGAAGUGCUAUUCAGGUGCCUACGGACUUGGCCCAGAAGUUUGCUGAUACUCACAGUAUGCCACUGUUUGAAACCUCUGCUAAAAACCCCAAUGACAAUGACCAUGUGGAAGCCAUAUUUAUGACACUGGCUCAUAAGUUGAAGAGCCACAAGCCAUUAAUGCUUAGUCAACCCCCAGAUAACGAUAAGAUACAUUUAAAGCCUGAGCCAAAACCUGCUAUGACCUGCUGGUGUUAGAUCACAGUGUUCACGCAGUUAUCACCUCAUCUUGUUUGCAAAUACUCUAAAAAUAUGAUCUUGGCAGGUUUUAGUAUCAAUUAUGUAUGAUCUCUUUGGCACUUUAAUGUGUGUUUUUCUUGUGUAGAUGUGCCACACUCAUAUCUCUGCACUUUGUGCUAGCUCAAUUACUGAAGCUUCACUGUACAGAUACAGAAAAACAGACUUUCAAAUGAAGUUUUGAUGCAGCAAGUUCACUUAAGGUACUUGCUGCUUGAGAGCAUUUCCAUCACUGCUGGUAUGGUUAAUAAUCCAGUUUGUUUGUUUUUGGUUAGCAUUUUGUUGGUUCUUCUGCAUUAUACCAGAGUUUUGGAGUAGCCAAAGAACUCACAUCUUUGGCCCGCAGAGGAUGAGUGUUGCGAAGUGUUGGUUUUGUGGGUGUCUGGGAUAAUGACACAGAAGACUUACCCAUUUCCACUGCAUCUCAAAGCAGCUAUAGCUGUGGAUGUGUGCUGUGAAAGGAGGGGCAUCAAUAAAGAUCAGCCUAGAAUGUGAAUGUGGGGGAACACCAUUGGCCUCAGUAGUUUGUCAUUCCACCUCAAAUCCUGGCUAUUCAUACGUGGCAAAGGGGGGAGAAUCUACAGAUUGUCUUUGCCCUCAGAUAGUUAUUUAAAGCCUAAAACAUGAUCAAUUCUUUGUAAUUUGCACAUUUUUAUCCCAUAUGCAUCCUUCUUAUGAAAGAGAGUUUGUUUAGAGCACAGGGAUGGGAUUUGAGGGAGGAUCCAGAUUUCGAAUUUGAUUUGGGAUUUCCUGCACUCAUAUGCUGCAGAAUAAGGAGGAGAGCUAAAUCAAACUGCUCUAAUAGAAAGUGAAUUGGGUUUGGAGAAUGCUGUUACGCAGUAACAUCACAUGAGCUCAUGUUGCUCCUGUGAUUUCAGUGAAAAAGUUCAGCUCCAUGCAACACUUGAAAAGUUGUAGAGUUAGAACUAUCACUCUGCAGCAUGUUCCCCCACUCAAAGUAGCAUAAUACAUGUCUGAUGGCAAGCUAAUAUCGACAGCCAUAACUCUCAUGACAACUUCCAACCUAAUUCAGAUUUCUUCACUUGGAUCAUUUAAGAACAUAUGCUGUCUCUGAAUUGUGUGUCCCAAGGUAAAUAAAUGUACUCCUGUAGUCUAAAAUUUGAGCCAGGUUGAGAGAAACAAAUAGUGACUUGCGUUUUGUUUUUAAAAUAAUCUGAAAAAGUAAUUUUGAAGAGGAAACUUAUUAUGCAUUUUAGGAACUAAACGUAUUUUGGAAAAAGUGCUAGUUCUGAUGCCCAGUUGCCACAUACAGACCUGUGCCUUAGCUUUUGAAAGUGUGAAGGCCACUAUGUUUUAAUGGUAGUAAACUGGUCUCUGCCAGAAAAAUAUGAAGGCAGAUGUUCUGUAAUUGAACUUGGUGACAAACUUCCAAAUAGUGUUCAAUUCAUGCCCACUUGCCCACUAUUACAGUAGAAUGAUAUAUUCUCUUUAAAGAACAGAGAAACUGGAAAUCCUUUAAAAUGUGUAAAUACAGAAUCAUAUAAAUUAAGUAUGGAGAAGACCUACUGUGUCAUUUUGUUCAUCCCCAAACAGAUUUUCCUUAAUAGAUCUUCAGGUUAAAUCCUGCUUGGGUAGCCCCUUAGAGUUCUUUUGCAGAAGCAGGGGCGGCUCUAGGCAUUUUGCCGCUCCAAGCACAGCAAGCAGGCUGCCUUCGGCGGCUU